AUGCGGCUUCCAUACGCCCCCAACACCCCGCCCACCGGUGAUGAUGCCGCCGACACCGCGGGCAUUUAUGCCCGCAUCGCAGCGCGGAGGAACCCGCGUCCCCUAAUCCCACUCGACCUCGCUCUGCUGCACAGCCCGCCGGUCGCAGAUGGCUGGAAUAGCUUCCUGGGGGCCAUCCGCACGCGCACCGUGGUGGACUCGGGUAUCCUGGAGCUGGCUGUCUGCCGGGUCGCCGUGCUCAAUGGCGCGGUGUAUGAGUGGGAUUCCCAUGCCCCUCUCGCGCUCAAGGCUGGCAUCAAGCCUGAAGAGCUGCAGGCCGCCCGGACCUUGCCCUGCACGGCGGAGGGAGACCUCGCCCAGUUGGACAGUAGCCCGUUGUCUUCGCGCCAGCGUGCUGUGCUGCGGUAUACCGAUCAGAUGACCCGGACCAUCAAGGUCGAAGAUGAGGUGUUUGCCCAGCUUCAGACGGCUGGGUUCAACCAUCGGGAAAUUGUGGAACUCACCACCGGCAUCGCUGGAUAUAACUGCGUGAGUCGCGUCUUGGUUGCCCUGGAUGUGGGCGAGAACAACCACCGGGAAAUGAAGAGCGUCGAUGAAUUGGUCGCGGCUCUGAAGUAA